UAAAAACAUAACAUUCCAACAUAACCUUUUAAUUUUUUUAUGUCAAUAUUUUUAUUAAAAAUGAAAAACAUUUAUCUAAACAAUAUUUUUAUUAAAUACGUAAUAUAAAUAUUUCUGAUUAGUUAGAAAAUAAUUUCAAAAAUGGAUCAUGAAGAUGAAUUUUUGAACACAUUUUUUUCUCAUUUAUCGCAUCUAUGCUUUGAUAAAGCAAAAGAAUAUUUGGAACGUGAAAAAGAAGCAUGUAAAAGUAUUCCCUUGACACCAUGGGCCAUGUUAUUGACACAUUUACCGCAAAUGUUAUUAGCUGAAAAAUCGUACAUUGAAUUGGGAUGUUUAACUACUAAAAAUAAAGGAUUUUUAAGAAAAGAAAAUUCAUUACGUGCCAUUUAUGAUGGAUUGCGAGUAGAAAUGAAACGUUUAGAAGAUGUUACAAAGUUAAGUCAAGAAAUUGAUGAAAAUUUCAAUGGCGAUGAUCGUCCAGUACCUUAUUACAUUGCUGAGUUUUUAACAGCACGUAUUGACUUGAUUGAUUUAUACGAAAAACUGUUUCAAUUAGGAUCCUGCAAAAAUGUUAAAUACACAAAUGUCCUAUCACAAAUUGAAUUAAUGCAAAAAAAACAUGAACAAGGUUUUACUCAUAUAGCGUUAACUCCAAUCAAGGCUGUAGUUACUUUAGAAAUCGAAAUAUUAUCUCAUUUGUUGGAGGCACUUGAUAAAUUACAAAAAUUGGAAUUCAUUCCUGCAGUAACACAAUUAUAUGGAGCGCAUACAAGAAUUUUAGUAUGGGAAAAUAGUUUGCAAAAUAGAGAAACUUGGAAACUAGGUUUUGGUACAACAUUUCUAAAAAAUAAUCCACAACCGUUAUUAUUUCAAUGGCUAGUCAAAUUAAAAUGUUCAGCAUUAAGUAAAUUCAGUCUUUAUUUCCAUAAUACCUUGGCACAACAAACUACUACACAAGAAAUGAGACAAUUAUGUUCUAAACAACAAGUUGAUUACUAUGCUAAGUUAUUAUCCUUUCAUCGACGCUAUGAUGUUACAUUAAUUUGCCUAUUAUACGAUAAUCGAGGUUACGAAACGGAGAAUGAUACAGACAAAAAUAACGCAUUUUCAGUAAUUGUAUGUUAUCCAACUAAAAACGUAAUGUACUUAAUAGAUAAUUUUAUAAAAAUAAUAACUGAAAAGAGUCCUGAUUUAUCAAAUGUUGAUAAAUAUGCAUUUCUUUAUAAUCCAGAGGAUAAUCAUACAUAUACUAUUGCAAAUAUUGAACAAAGAAUACAUAUGUUAUUAAUAUUUGAUGGUAAAAAAACUGAAAAAGAUAUUCACAUAAGUAAUUUCAUUACUGAAAUAUCAGGUCAAUUAAGAUUUAUUAAAAAUUUUACCAAUUUGAAAAUCUCAUCCAAGUAAUAAUGGUUAAAACAAACUAUAAAAUGAAAGCGAAUAGAGUUAUAACUCACUUCGAAAUAUCUAAUAUUACAGUUCCUGUCGUUGAUUUUAUUAAGCUUCAAAGUUUAAUAAAACUACAAUAGCUGAUUACACGAACUCUCUUUCGUAGAAGAAAAAAUGCGGCAAGUACAAAUUUACAACACUAUUCUACAAGAAUCCCACGCGUUUAUCUUGUAGGAAUAUCUUUUAGAUAUAACGGAAACCUACAAGUUGACAAAAAAAAGAAUUUAAAAAUAGUUAUAAAAAUCACGGCUCACUAAAGGAAUUUACGCAUGACCGAAAAUUGAAAAAUGAGAGUAAGUGUGCUUUACUGCCGCUCUUUCUUGUGAGAAAGAGUGUUCGUGUAUAGCUAUUCUAAAUAUUUUUUUACAAUUAUAACAAUUUGUAUUUAUGCCU